AGGUUUAUUUUGGGUAAAAUGUGAUCUUUGAACCACUUUAUACAUUCUGGUGGAGAGAUUUGUACGUUACUGGUUAAUUACUAGAGAGAGCAGUGGGGUUUUUUCAUCAGAGUGAAUGUAUGUACUUUUAUAUAGGUUGAGAAGUAACAGUGUACUAUUCCAAAGUUUGAAUAGUUUAUCAGGUUUAUUCAGUGAAGGAGUAUUCCAUAUUUAGCAUUUUAUUACUAAUAUCAUGCACAAUACAAUCAUACAAUACAGGGUGUAAAACUGGGUAUUUUUGUAAGACCCUGAAGGGCUGUAUAUAAAGAAUAACUUACAAACUAUUAAAGUGUAUGCACUAUUAGGUAAGAACAUUUAUUAUAUUGAUUAGAAUAAAAAAAUAUAUAUAUAUGAAUGUAUUCCAUUGUUUAAACACAUUUUAUAGGAUGCCAUCUGUUGCGAUGAGGACAGGCUUAGCCAGGUGAUGAUGUCCUUUCUGUUUGAAAGCUCCUAGCCAGCUAACUACACGAUAAGCACAGAGAUAGCGAGAGGAGAGCUGUUGAAGCAGCUGCUGGAGUUUACAGCAAAAGAAAAGUAGAUCAGGAUUUAUAAUAUAUUAUUUAUUAACGUGUUAUUGUAAUCAUUUUCAGUGGAACGGUCAUAAAGGUCUUUUAUGGCAGUGUUAUUAAUAUGGAAAGAUUGAUGGUAGAUUGUGUCAUAUAUGAUUAAAUAACAAAUUAGAGUUCUCCCUCAUCCUGCCGCCGUUAAUGUCUGCAUUACACGCAACAUGCUUCUGAACUGUUUUUAGGCACGAGUGUGAUUCACAUCAAGCGCAGCACGCAGGAGUUAAUUUUAUCCUGCGUUUCAGACUACGGUCAAACCAGCUGCGAUAGAAACCAGAGUGCACAUGCUGUAUACACGGCGGUUUACGGUAAGUAACUUGCUGAUAUUUUAAAAAAGUGGCAUAAAGGCUAUCCCAUGUCAGUUUUAGUUAAGCAACAUGAGAUGUGUUCGCAGUUGCAGUCUGCUGUGACAAUCUGCUGGAUAGUGUGGAAAUGUUGAGCAGUAGUGUAGGCCUCAUGCAGGCCGUUUCAUUACCAUUUUAUUUUCAACUUCACUCGGGCCCAAUGAAACGUGGACACGGGCUGGGUUUGACCCGCGGGCCUUGUGUUUGAGACGUGUGCCAUACUCAUGGCCAGCAGUAAUAUUCAGAAAGGCUGUGGAAUUCAAACAAUGUUUCACUGAUGUUCAGUGAGGCCUUGUGCGAAGUAAACAUUCCCCACACCAUUACACCACCAGAUCAUCACCAGUUAUUGAUCAGCCUGAAGUGUAAAGCAGGUUGAGUCCAUGGAUUCAUGCUGCUGAAGCCAAAUUCUGACCCUAACAUCUGUAUGUCCUCCACGCUCCUCCAAUUCUGGUCUCUUAAUUGUCCCUCAGACUCGUUUGUGUAAUGCAGGUGAUUGGACGUUUUCUUCUUCUGCUCCAAAACCGUGGAACUCGCUACUGUCUGAUCUUAGAGAAGCCCAGUCUCUUUAAUUUAAAUUCAUAUUUCAUCUUCAUCUUCAUAUUUAAAUCUUCUCUUAAAACUUAUGUCUUUAGUAUUGUUUUUACUUGAUUACUUUUUGUUUUUGUUAUUUAAUUAUUAUUACUAUUAUUAGUAUUGUUAUUAAUAACCGAAUUAUAUUUUAUUAUUAACUGUUUUUUGAUACAUGUUUAUAUACUUUUAUGUAAAGCGCCUUGAGAGGCCUUUUUAAAGACGCUAUAUAAAAUAAAGUUUAUUAUUAUUAUUAUUUAUAUGUUUUCACUGUAAUAUCACUCGACCUGUAUUCAUCAGUUUUUAUUGUAACUAUGGAAAAGACAACUCAUUAAUUCAUCCAUUCCUAUUUUGAAUUAUGUCUACAAGGCCACUACUAAGAUAUUAAUAGUCUUGCAAGCCUGUAUAUAGGCAAUAUGUGUAUUCCAGAUAUUCCAAAUAAAUGUAUAAAGGUAAGAAAGAGAUGUAAGAAAUACUCAGAUGUAAUUGCAUGAUCAUACCUGUCCUUAAUUUCUUUUGUCUUUACGCUUCAUCGACUUUUCUUUUUUCAAAAUAUUUGUCAGUCUUUACACUGGGUCAUACAUUUCAGGAUUUGGAGUCAGUUACUGAAUCACACCAAAGAACAUCCAAAUGUUGAGUACUAAGUUUCUUGGCCUUGAGAUUGACACGUGUGUUAAAGCAUGGCUGGAUUCACAGACAAAAAAAUAAAUCUGCUAGAAAUCUAGUGGUAGCUUAUCUCUUGUAAAGACAGCUAAUUAAACAAUCAAUAUUGGUAUUUAAUUAGAUUUUUUAAUCAAGAAAAGGAUCAGCACAAUAAUCUAGAGAGCUACAGAAGUUUAUGUUAAUUUACAUUAAUGGUCUCAAGUGAUUUGUAGGUGAUUUACAUCUUAUAGUUUCCUAAAAUAUAUAUUUAAAAAAGAGGCUUAAACUGACUGUCUGUAAGUGUGGAAAAUGAGGAAGACCCCACUGGGGUGUCAUGGCGUCUUUCAUAAGGAUGGAAUGUGAUGAAGAAGUUCGUCUCCGUGACCUCAGAGACGUGUUGUGAUUGGCCAGGAUGGAGAUCCAUUAGAUCUCAGCUAUCCCAGGUGUUUUCCCUGAAUUCCACAACAGCUUGAAUUUUUUUUUACUUUUUGACAUCAAAAUUUUAGUACUUGAAUUUCAAACUAUUAAAUUCUGAAUUAAUAUAUUAAAAAAUAAAUUAAGAUUCAGACAGAAAGUUUUCAAUGUCAUUACAUUAGACAUGUUUUUCUUUCAUGCAUGACCAAGUUCAGGUUCUGAUUCUGAUUCUGAUUUCACAACACAUUCUUCACUUUAGUUGUAGUUUCUCUUUGUUCCUGGGUGAUGAGUGAGUGCACAGAGCUCCAGUAGGUGGCGCUGUGAGCGUCUAGAUGUCCCACAUUCCCAGAACUAGAAGAAGACGUGCUGCAGUGUUGCUGAUUGAUGAGCUGAGCUCUCCGACUCUACUAAUCAUCUUUCCAUUCAGAUAUUUCUCACAGGGUUUUACCUCCACACUUCCAUCUGCUCAAGCUCAAGAUUUGGGUGCUUUGCUGUCUCCACCUGCGGUCUUCUUUCCAACACACCUUCCAACUAGGAUGAAGUCAAAUGAGAUUAAGUGUGAGAAUCUGGAUCCCACAGAGAGCUCCAGUAGUCACCAAAGUUCAUCUGGUUCUUUACACACUAAUACCUCUGACAGGCAAGUGCAAACAGAACUGUACCACUGCUCACAGUGCGGGAAGUGUUUCAGUAAAAAGACUAAUCUCAGACAACACCAGCGGAUUCAUACCGGAGAGAAGCCGUAUCAGUGCUCGUACUGUGGGAUGAGGUUUACACAGAGGGGUAAUCUCCAACAACACCAGCGCAUUCACAAAGGAGAGAAGCUGUAUCACUGCUCACAGUGCGGGAAGAAUUUCACUCAGAAGGGUCAUCUCCAGCGACACCAGCGCAUUCACACAGGAGAGAAGCCGUAUCAGUGUUCACAGUGUGGGAAGAGUUUUACUGAGAACAAUAAGCUCAUAAAACACCAGCGCAUUCAUUCCGGAGAGAAGCCUUUUCAGUGCUCGGAUUGUGGGAUGAGUUUUACUGAAAGGAGUAAUCUGCAAAUACACCUGCUCAUUCACACAGGAGAUAAACCUUAUUACUGCUUAGAGUGUGGGAAGAGUUAUACACAGAAAACUGCUCUGCGAGUACACCAGCGCAUCCACACGGGGCAGAAGCCUUAUUACUGUUCUCAGUGUGGGAAGAGUUUCACUACACACAGUAGUUUCCAGCAACAUCAGCGCGUUCACACUGGAGAGAAACCGUAUCACUGCUUACAGUGCGAGAAGAGAUUUAGUAACCAGAGUAAUCUCCGAAGACACCAGCGCAUUCACACGGGAGAGAAGACCCAUCAGUGCUCAGAGUGUGAGAAGAGUUUUACACUUGGAAGUUAUCUCACAACCCACCAGCGGAUCCACACAGGAGAGCGGCCGUAUCAGUGCUCGCACUGCGGGAAGAGUUUCAACCUAAGCAGUAUUCUCCGAAAACACCUGCGGAUUCACACAGGAGAGAAACCGUAUCAGUGUUCACAGUGUGGGAAGUGUUUCAGCCUACGGAACACUCUGAAAAGACACCAGCGCAUUCACACGGGAGAGAAGCCGUACCAGUGCUCGGAGUGUGGAAAGAGUUUCACCGAGAGAGGUAGCCUCAGACAACACCAGCGCAUUCACACGGGAGAGAAGCCGUAUCACUGCUCGGAGUGUGGGAAAAACUUCUCUGUGCAGAGUAGCCUCCAGCAUCACCAGCGCAUUCACACUAAAGAUAAACCGUAUCGCUGUUUAGAGUGUGGGAAGAGUUUUAGGAAAGGAGCUCAUCUCCAAGCACACCAACACAUUCACACAGGAGAGAAGCCCUAUUACUGUUCAGUGUGCUGGAAGGGUUUCAGUAGGCACGGCUGUUUCCUGAGACAUCAGCUCAUUCACACAGGAGAGAAGCCGUAUCAGUGCCCCCAGUGUGGGAGGAGUUUUAGGAGGCGGUGUCAUUUACAGCGACACCAGCACAUUCACACUGAAGAUAAACCGUAUCACUGUGUAGAGUGUGGGAGGAGUUUUAGACAAGAACCUGAUCUCCAAGCACACCAGCAUGCUCACACGAGAGAGAAGCCCUAUCAGUGCUCACAGUGUGGGAAAAGGUUCAGGAACCAUAGUCAUUUUCAGCGACACCAGCGCGUUCACACAGCUAAUGAAAUUCACCACUGCGCACAGUGUGGGAAGAUUUUCAGUCAAAAGAGUACUCUCAGAGAACACCAGCAAAUUCACACAGGAGAGAAGCCGUAUAACUGCUCGGACUGUGGGAAGCGUUUCAAUCAAAAGAGUACUCUCAAAAAACACCAGUGUAUUCACUCAGGAGAUAAGCCAUAUCACUGCCCAAGCUGUGGGAAAAGUUUCAGUCAGAAGAGUACUCUCAAAGAGCACCAGCGCAUUCACACAGGAGAGAAGCCGUAUCAGUGCUUACAGUGUGGGAGGAGAUUCAGUCAAAAUGGGAAUCUCAAAAAACACCAGCGGAUUCACUCAGGAGAGAAGCCGUACCAGUGCUCGCAGUGCGGGAAGCAUUUUACGAGCCAGAGUGAUCUCCAGCGACACCAGCGCAUCCACUCCGGAGAGAAGCCGUAUCAGUGUUCUCACUGUGAGAAGAGUUUUAUUGAGAGAGGUAAUCUUAUAAAGCACCAGAGAAUUCACACAGGAGAGAAACCGUAUCACUGCUCGCACUGUGGGAAGAGUUUUACACAAAGAAGUAACCUCCAAAAACACCUGCGCAUUCACACUGGAGAUAAACCGUAUUACUGCUUAGAGUGUGGGAAGAGUUUUACCCAAGGAACCGAUCUCCAAGUACACCAACGCGUUCACACAGGGGAGAAGCCCUAUUACUGUUCAGCAUGUGGGAAGAAUUUUACUAACCAGAGUCAUCUCCUGCGACAUCAGCGCAUUCACACAGGAGAGAAACCGUAUCAGUGCUCGCAGUGUGAGAAGAGUUUUAUUGAGAGAGGUAUUCUCAUACAACACCUGCGAAUUCACACAGGAGAGAAACCGUAUCAGUGUUCACACUGUGGGAUGAGCUUUACACAAAGGGGUAAUCUCCGAAAACACCUCCACAUUCACACUGGAGAUAAACCGUAUCAGUGUUUAGAGUGUGGGAAGAGUUUUAUACAGAGCGCCGAUCUCCAAGUACACCAGCACGUUCACACAGGAGAAAAGCCCUAUUACUGUUCAGCGUGUGGGAAGAGCUUUACUCGGCAUAGCAGUUUCCAGCGACACCAGCGCGUUCACACUGGAGAGAAACCGUAUCACUGCUUGGAUUGUGGGAAGAGUUUUACUGAGAACAGUAAGCUCAUAAAACACCAGAGAAUUCACGCAGUGGAGAGUUUUAGCAGACAUAGUAAUUUGCAGCAACACGAGCACAUUCACACGGCUGAGAUGGAGGACAUUCCGCAGUUCUUUCUAGAAAAAAGUGUGGGAAUUAAUUAGUUCUGUUCUAAAUACUCAUUUGUGGUCAAACAGGAUCUUAGAAAGGCUUUAUACAUUCUGGUGUUGCAUGUUCCAUCUUCUUUACUGGGGGACGCUGUGGGGAAUUUAGCACUAUAAAUUUAUACAGUGUGGAAAUGAGCAACGUAUUAUUACAAAAUAUUUCCAGUUCACUAAUUAACUGAUCAUGUGUAUUUAUUAUUUGAUUCUUAAUGCAUGGCCAAGGUUUUUUUUGUUUGUUUGUUUGUUUUUUUUGGAAAGUAUUGAGAUUGUAAAACAUUAUCGAGAUCAUAUCUAUUCUUUAAUUGUUGGAACAGUCUUCCAAGACAGAAUGGCCAAAUAGUUGUUGUACCUCUGGAGUACCAUGGACUGAAAGAAUUGACGUAAUUUGUUAAUUAAAAAAAUCAGGAUUUUACCAAAUCUGUGAAAAUUUGUUAGGGAAGAAAAAAAAUGGGUGAAUAAAAAAAACUUCCACCAUUCCCAUAAGUUCACUGAAAUUCAACAAUUAAAAAGAACACCAAUAUUAGUUCUUAAGAAAGGACGGAACUCUUUUUUUUUAUUUUUAAAUGGUCUGAGAUUUUGCUCAAAUGUCUGAUAUCCUAAGUAGUAGUUUUUGUGGAUUAUUUACCUCAGUUAGGAAAGGAUCUAAAACACAAGCAGGUGAAAUCCUGUGUGUUUAUAUUUCUGUUGUGAGGUGAGCACAUGGGGUAAGCUUAUGGCCUUCUUCAGUCCUCUCAACUAAAUAAUACACACUUCUGGCCUCUGGAUCAUAAAUAAUAAUGCAGCAGUUAUUGAGAAGUCAAAAUCUUAAAUCCACACAGCUCUAAAACCUGAUUAGACAGGGAUGUGAAUGUAAUUCCCAUUACAAUACAUUUCACAUUUAUCAGUUUAUGGGCCUACAACUUAUCAAAUUUCUUACUUUCAGCAAUGACGUAUCUUUAAAUAUCAAAAAGGAGGUUUAUUUGUUUUUUAAUGCAGAUGAUUUAAUAAAAAAAAUCGAACUGAAAGCUCUCACACAUACUGUUUAAUUAGGGCAUGAUUGGUGUAUUGUUCCAGCUGUCACACUGGGUAAGUAACGCAGAAUAACAUCUCCACCAGCUGCAUAUUUCAGGUAAGUGUGUUAUUCACAUUUGAGUUGCUACAAGUAAGGAGUAAGAUCAACAUUUGAAAUUCCUGUCCUGUUUUAGAACAGCGUCAUUCCUGCUUGUUGCUUCCUUUUAAGAGCUUGCAAAUAUAAACCGUGGUCGAAUACACACAUGCAUAUGCUACACACACAAUCAUAAACCAUCUCUACACAUACGGUACACUGCGUAAGAAAAACCAACCGGAGAACACGAGCACAAUUACUGCAUGAACGUAAUACUCCUUGCUGAACGGAAAUCUGAUAACAUCUAGACCCUGUAGUGAGCUUUAAGUGUUUUUAGUUAACACUUUUAUCAUGUUCUAAUCAUAAUUCUGAACAACUUCAUGAUAAGAAACUAAAGAACAUUCCUUCAUACAGAUGACUGCAAUGCAACAGGAAUUAGGCCUAAGUUC